GACAUGAAAUGACAGAGGAAACUAAAAUACACGGCAGAAAAUAUUUUGACGGAAUCCAGAGGUGGCGACGAAAUAAAAAUAAUACCUUUUCUGAUAAGCGUAUUUAUUGUUAUUGUUGCCGUUCUUGUUGCUGCUGCUACUGUUGUUGUUAGUGGUGAUGGUGUAGUGGCUGUUGUGACGGCGGCGGCGGCUGCGGCGGGGCGGCGGCGGCAUCAGUGAUUGUGCUACUGUAUCAUCCACUGCAGUUGCUGCUGGUACAGCAAGUGCUGUACGUCUUGCAACUGUUGUUUGGGUUUUUCAAUUCGCUAUGGCGUCGCAGCAGACACAGCCAACUCUGUCGCCAUCAUCGACUCCCACUAUGUCUCGUCAAGAAAGAAAGUCUGCUGACCCAAUUAUUACUAAAAACAAUGUCAGUGUGCCUAUCUUGGGCUCGGAUGUCGGCGGUGACGAACCCCCGCGAGUCCAACUGAAAGUACAGCGCAACCCGAUUUCGGAACGGGCGGCUACCGUUCCGAGGAUUAUGCUGAACAUUGUCGACCGUAACGACGACGCUACGUCGAUCGGCAACUCUAAGUCACCGACAGAUCUGGGCAUCCCGGCUGUGAGCCUACCGAAUCUCUCUAUCGAAACGGACAGCUCUGACGACCCGUACGAUGAUAAAAUGGAACGUACUGGCUCCCGGGACGAUUCCGACCACGCACUACGACUCUACUGCUCACCACGUAUGAGCCGGCGUUCAAUGAACCUGGACUUGAAUCUACGCGAAUCCCCAAACGACACAGGCUACUGCUGGUUAUCUACUUUCGGCACUUCGAACUACCUCAGGGAAGGAAGCCGCGUAGGAAGUGCUAUCUCCUUAAACAGUGACUGUACCGCGAGAAGUAUCGGACUGAUAUCAAACGACUCGUCCGAUACGACAUCGUACAUGGAGAGGCUCGGCGAAUUAGGUGGGCUCAUGACUCAGCGCUCGAAUAUGUUACGUCGACACCUAUCCAACCCCGAACAUUCACAGGAACUACCGACAUGCAUGAGGAGAAACUCCCGCUCUUGGUCUAAUCUGAAGGACGGUCAACCGGACAGCCUUCCGGAAGCCGAAAUGGAACGUAGUAUGGAAGGAGAAGUUACGGACUCAGAGAAGGCGGACUUUACGGACGCGUCGAAUUCGCCACACAGAACGUUACCCCUUCCACCCAGCUGCAGGAUUGAUGAAACGACACUACCCAUCCCCCCACAACCAAGACGAUCUUUCGAGGAAGUCUACGAUACAGGUUGCAGGUCGCCCCUUGUAAGGUCCCGUGUCGGGAGCAAAGCUUUGCAAGAGGGCCGCAUAAAACAAUGGUUACAACAAAUAAGUAAGUCAGAAGAGCAAAACGAAAUCGAUUUUGACGGACAGGAUUAUUAUUCAUAAAAUGAAAAGAAAAGAAAAACAAACAAAAACAAAAAACAAAAAACAAAACAAAACCGAAAAGGGGAGGGUAAAACAGAAAAUAACAUUGUAUGGAUAUGUGUGUAUAUGUAUAUGUAUGUAUAUGUAUAUGUAUGUAUAUGUAUGUAUAUACAUAUAUGUAUGUAUAUACAUAUAUAUAUAUGUAUAUGUGUACAUAUAUGUGCAUACAUAUACGCAUACGUAUAUACAUACAUAUACAUAUAUACGUACAUACAUUCGUAUACAUCAUACACACACACACACACACACACACACUCAUACACACAUACAUAUAUAUAAACCUUGUAUUUAAUUAAAAAAAAAAAAGACCUAGCAAGAACAGAUUCGCCCGUGGCUAAAUUUGAACUUAAAAAGAAAAAAGCAAAACAAAACAAAACACACACCAACAACACAAUAAUAAUAACAAAUAAUAUAAUAAUAAUAAUGAUAAUGAUAAUAAUUAUAAUAAUAAUAAUAAUGUGCGAACGACCGUUAUAUUUAUUGUUUUCAUGUUAAAAUCGUAAAAAAUUAUAAAAAAAUACUAACUUUGG